AUGAUCCUGGCCAUCAUUAUCAUCAUUCUACCUUUAAUAUUUAACAAACAAUUUCAACAUGUGCUCUAUGGCAACAACAACAAUACAUGUAAUGAUGAGAGCACGAAGUCAUCGGCCAAUGUAUCAUCCUCUACUUUUCGUAAUGACGGAUUACUAAUGUUUGUCAAUGGAGAGACUCUUAACACGACCACUGUCUAUAAUUGUUUCGGACUCCUUUCCAAUGAUUCCAAUGUUUGCAAUGGACGAGGAUCGUGUAUCGGAGAAAACAAUUGUUCAUGUCUUGUUGGAUAUUUUGGAGAGGAUUGUCAAAAUUUUACCUGUGGUGGCAUCUCAUCAAAUUUAACCGGAGUGGUUUGUUCUGGACAUGGAAUUUGUGUGGAUUUCAACACUUGUCAAUGUGAUCUCAAUUGGCAUGGAUCGAAUUGCAAUGUGACGGAGUGUUUUUCAAUAUUACAAAAUGAUACUUUACGAGUGUGUAAUGGACAUGGAAUUUGUGUUCAGACCGAUCUUUGUCAAUGUACUACAUCGUUAAAUUAUACUGGAGUAGAAUGUGAAAUUCCAAAAUGUUUUGGAAUUGCUGCAAAUGUGAGUAGCGUCUGCUCUUCACAUGGUACUUGUUCAUCGCCCAAUAAUUGUACCUGUGAUGCAGGCUAUGUUGGAUCGCAAUGUCAAUAUGCGCAAUGUUUUGGAGGAAAUUCAUCAGUUCCUAGCUCGGUGUGUACUGGUGGAAAGGGAAUUUGUGUGGCACCUGACACUUGUCAAUGUACGAGUGGUUAUGUUGGAGAUCAAUGCCAGUAUCCCGUAUGUUAUGGAUUUCCUUCCAACGAUACUGCAAACUCAUGUUCUGGCUCUGUAAGAGGAAGUUGCAUUUCCAACAAUACUUGUUCGUGCAAUUCUGGCUAUACUGGCAAUGAAUGUCAAUAUAAUAUUUGUUAUGGCAUUUCUUCUGCUAGUUCCAGUGUGUGUUGGAAUCAACAUGGUGAUUGCAUUGCACCCAACAAUUGUAAUUGCACAGUCCCAAAUUUUACUGGAUAUGAUUGCUCUUUUGAAUUAUGUUCAGCUGGAUUUCAAUGUAAUCGACGACAUGGUUAUUGUUUGUUACCCUUAUAUUGUCAAUGUAACACGGAUUGGACGGGCCUUGAUUGCAGCACUCCAAUUUGUUUUGGAUUUCCAGCCAAUGACUCCACUAAUGUUUGUUCAGGUCGAGGUACCUGCACCUACGCCAAUCAGUGCGCUUGUCCCACUGGAUGGAGAGGAAAUUCCAAUUGUAGCAUGUACAGUUGUGAUGGAAAGAAUUACUGCAGUGGACAUGGAGUUUGUGUUGGUCCCAAUAAUUGCAGUUGCGAUGAUGGAUGGAAAGGAAACACUCAAUGUAGUGAAGUGAGUUGUGAAUUGCUUGGAAAUUGUAAUUCCAAAGGAUCAUGUACUGGUGCGAAUGUUUGUACCUGUAACACUGGAUGGAAAGGAAAUGCCAAUUGUACCGCAUUCAGUUGUGAUGGAAGAAAUUAUUGUAGUGGUCAUGGAGAGUGUGUUGGAGCUAAUACUUGUAAUUGUGAUGCUGGAUAUAAGGGAAAUGACUAUUGCAAUGUAUUUAGUUGUGAGCUAGCUGAAAAUUGCAACUCUCACGGAUCAUGUAGUGGUCCUAACGUAUGCAGUUGCAGCACUGGAUGGAAAGGAAACUCAAAUUGCAGCACAUUUACAUGUGACGGACGAAAUUAUUGCAAUGGACAUGGUCUAUGUAUUGGAGCUAACACCUGUCAAUGUGAUUCAGGUUGGCAAGGAAAUCUUAAUUGCUCUGCCUUCACAUGUGAUGCAUUGGGAAAUUGUGGAGGAGCAACAAAGGGAACCUGUGUCUCAAAUAAUACAUGUUCCUGUAAAACUGGAUAUAAGGGAUCCAAUGAUUGCUCCGUGUUCACAUGUGACGGAAGAAAUAACUGUACAGGUGAUCAUGGUACUUGUAUUGGCCCAAAUUUAUGUUUGUGUAAUGCUGGAUGGACCUCAUCGAGUGAUUGCUCUGUUUUUUCAUGCUCUAUUUAUGGAAAUUGCUCAAAUCAUGGAGUGUGUAUUGCUAACAAUACAUGUUCCUGUCAAUUUGGAUGGGAAGGCCUCGACUGCAACACAUUCAAUUGCUUGGGUCGAAACGAAUGCUCAGGACAUGGUCUCUGUGUUGCCAAUAACACAUGUUCCUGUCUCUCAGGUUGGAAAGGAAAUGCUAAUUGUUCCGUGGUUUCAUGUGAUGGUCUCAGUCAUUGCGGUGGAGAGUUACAAGGACUUUGCAUUUCGAAUAAUACUUGUUCAUGCUUAUCUGGCUGGAAAGGUUCAGCAGAUUGUACUCUAUUUUCAUGUGAUGGUGUCAAUCAAUGUAGUGGAAAAGGUCUUUGCAUUGGAAAUAACACUUGUCAAUGUGUGAGUGGAUGGGGAGGAGCAGAUUGCAGUAUUUUCAAUUGUAAUGGUGUGAAUGAAUGUGGUGGCCCUAUGCAUGGUCAAUGUGUGGCCAAUAACACAUGUCAAUGUCAAUCCGGUUGGAAAGGUGCGUUAGAUUGUGGAUCUUAUUCAUGCGAUGGAGUAAAUGAGUGUUCCCUCCAUGGAUUAUGCAUUGGAAAUAACACUUGCUUGUGUGCUGCUGGUUAUCAGGGCAAUAAGAAUUGUUCUGCAUUUUCAUGUGAAUUGGUCGCUUCAUGCAGUUCUCAUGGAAAUUGUACUGGACCCAAUGCUUGUACCUGUUUGGAUGGUUAUGGAGGACCUAAAUGUGAUAUUUUCAAUUGUUAUGGAAAAUUGGCAAUUGAUCCAGAUGUUUGCAGUAGAAAUGGUUCCUGUGUAGGUCCUCAUCAUUGUGAAUGUUUGUCAGGUUUUUCAAAUACUGGAAUUUGUAAUCAACCAAUAUGUUUUAACAGAACUGCCAAUGAUACCUCUGUUUGUAAUGGAUAUGGCGUUUGCAUUGCUCCUGAUGUUUGCUAUUGUACUUCACCCUAUUAUUAUGGACCUAAUUGCACUCACUAUGAUUGUUAUGGUUUAUUCUAUCAAAACCCAUUAGUUUGUUCUGGAAGAGGUUUAUGCUCUUCUCAUGACAAUUGUGCAUGUGAAAUGGGUUACAUUGGAUCGAAUUGUCAAUUUAUUCAAUGUUACGAAUUUGACACUUCGUCAACAAGUGUUUGUUCAGGAAGAGGAAUUUGCCAGUCUCCAAAUAAUUGUUUGUGUACAGAUCCCGAUUUUUCUGGCCUGAAUUGUAACAUUACGUUGAGAGAAUUACCAUUGGAAAUUAAGAGUAAUCGAUAUAGCGUUGGCCUCAAUGCUAUGGAUGUGUUCAACAACAUUUCAGUGCUCAACAUUGAAACCAUGUUCACGCAAUCAAUAUAUCCAUAUUUGGAAAGUUCAGUCAUUUAUCAAUGGAAUUGCUCAAAUUGUGGAGAGAAUGCAACACAGAUCGAAUCAAAUAUUUUCUUAAAUGGUAAUUCAUCAGCUACACUUUCCCUCAAUAUCAACAAUUUACCAUUUGGAACAUUUGUUUUCACAUUACAAGCCUAUGUAGAAUUUUCUGAGAACAAUGUAGUAUAUCGAAGAAGUGCUCCAGUACUCUCUGUUGUGGUGAGAUUAUUCAUGGUUCCUGAGGUUUACAAUAUUGCGAUUACUGGAAUUCCAUCUGCAAUUGUAAUUUCAGACAAGAUUGCUGAUUUUACGUCCUCUACUCCUUUGGCCUCAAUGAAUGAGAGCAUUAUUUACAAAUUCCUUGGAUGUCAUACAGUGGAGGUCAAUCAAUCUGUAUCGGAAAAUGUCACGUUAACAAGUUUUGAGACUGUUUGUGAACCCAAGGUUGUGUCAUAUAGAAGUAUUUUGACGUUUAGAAAUUCGACAGCUUUCAUUGAACUUGCUACCUAUGAGUUGAAUGUGACAGCGACAGCUAAUAGCAAAAAGACCAGUAUUAUUUUUACACCAAUGCCUUCAUUCACAUACGACUUGCGAACCAACCUUCAAGUUUGGAAUCAAUCUUUAAGUAUUGACUCUUCAGAAAUUCAAUAUUUGGAGUUUGUUGUUAUUUUUGAAAAUCCUCUGACUGGAAAGAAUUUCACAACAACUUCCAUGAUACCAAUAGUUCUUCCUGCUUCACCUCCCACACCAGAAAUUGGAAACUUUACUACACCUCUCAUCGAUGUUUAUCCAAAGAAUGGUGUUGCCUUAUUGGAUAGAUUUAUCAUGUCCAUUGAAGAAUGGUCAGCUCCCAUUACAUUACAACCUCUUCAAUAUGCUGUUGGCUUUUAUGAUUCAUUGCUGAAAGCACCUGUGAGAUUGUCACAAUUCUCAACGAACACCAGCAUUGCAACCUAUUUACCGUUUAUUGCUGCUUCAGCCUCCUCAAGACUCACAACUCGUCACAUUGCUGCUCAGGAGAGAACUGUUCAGUUGGUGGUGUUUGUAAUGGAUAAAUUUGGAAAUGUUGAUUGGAGACUCACUGAACAAGUAUCUGUGGCACCUUAUAAUGGAACAUCGACAGAGUUAUUACAAAACUUUGUGACAUUUUCCUCUCAAGAUUUGUUAAUUCUUUCCUAUGACAAGUCAUUGCAAUCAAUCAAUAGUACAAACACAGAGUUACAACUUAAAUUAUUGGAAAAGAUUGAAUUUGACAUGAAAAAUCCUUCAAUUGCAUUGAAUUCGUUGAUUUCAUUAACUCAAGAGUCUGACUCAUUGAGCACUGAAGUAGUGAAAGCUGUCAAUGCAAAGUUGAAUUCCUUUAUGAAUAACGUAUCUGCCAUUUAUCAAGAAGAAAAAGCUCAGUAUUCCUAUGUCAAGACUAAAAUUUUGACUGAUUCUGAUACUGUUUCCACUGUGUCAUUGCUCUCCAAUUUAUUGAACUCUGGAUUGAAUAUGGAUGCAACUGAUGACAAUGUUGUAAACUUGGCUUCAAUUACCACCAUGGCUGAAUUGCCAUCAACACUUGGUGCUAACGCGUCAUUGCCCGUGUUACUUUUCAAUUCUGGAUCUAUUAACAUGACACUCUCUGUUUUCACCGUUAACACAAAUGUUCCACCCAACCAAAAUCAAACGCUUUCGAAUGGAAGAAAUACCAUGCAAAUGGAUUUGCAUUCAAUUUCUAAUUACGUUUCAUCGGGUGACACGAUCCAGUCGUUGAGUAUAUCAUUUAUUUCAAUGUCAAGAAAUACUCGAUCAGAUUCAAUGACUAGAAGGUAUCCAGUUCUGGCACCUGUGAGUCAUUUCACAGUUAGAAAAGAUGAUGUAGAAGUGGCAUUGAACGAUAUGAAUGAACCCAUCUUGUUGAGUUUUGGAAUGGAUUCAAGAAUUUUAACGGCAAUUGUCAAUGCAACAAAUAUUACCUUAUCAUGCAAUUAUUGGAAUGUCACUCAACAAACAUGGCUCCACAAUGGAUGUUUCUUGUAUAGUUUUGACAAUUAUACUCUCACUUGCGCAUGUAAUCACACCACUCUAUUUGCGACUUUUAUGCAAUACAACAUUUCACAAUUGAAGGGGCAAACGGACUUUAUCAAACUUACACUUGCAGAUUAUUAUAUUGCAUCGAUUGUGUUUGGUAUCAUUUAUGGUGCUUUGGCGUUGGCAGUAUUAACAUUGUUAAUUAUAUUCAGAGAAAAGCAACCUAUUAAGAGUAGAAUUUGUACACCAUAUCUUGGAAUUGUUGCACUCUUAGUGGAAUGUGUGCUCAUUUUAAUUAUUCAACAAGCCAUUUUAGUGAGUGAAAUCAAAUCCAAUAGUCUUAAGAGCUCAUCCUAUGAUAAGGACAUCACUAAUGUUGUGAAUUGGUUUGGUGGAAUUGCAACGAUUGUAGUGAAUACUCUUAAUUUAACCGCCAUUCUUUCAUUCUUAUUGCAAGUGACUCGAUUCCAACUCAUGAAAAAUUUAUACAAUUUAAUGACACGUGUAAAACCCAGUGCGGAUGUGAGUACUCAGGAUCGAUUGAAAAGUUAUGAACAAAAAAUUAGAAUUCUCAAGGCCUUGACUUCUCGAACUGCCAAUAACAUCAUUCUGGUAGCAUUUGCCUUCUUGAAUGUGCUAUAUUGGUUGAUAUUCUUCAUUUUGAAAUUUAUGGGAGCUAUUUCAGCUUUUGCCUACACCUCCGUGGUAUCCAUUACCUAUAUGGUCAUCAUUUUAACUUUUGGAGUGUUGAUUACUUUGGUGUUCAUUGUAGAUAUUGUGCUGACUCGAAAAUUCGAUAACGAACGUAUUGAUGUAUCUAUUUCUCAGAGUUUGACAAAUCAAGUUCCUAAAGAAUUGGAAUCUGUCCAUGAGGGAAAAACUCCAAUCAAUCAUCAAAAUUCUUCAUUUGGUGCAUUUAAGGACAAUCAAACCAUUCAAAUUUCCACCCUCAUUCGACAAGCUUGGAGAUGGUUCCUUCGAAGGGAUAGACCACUCUAUUUCCGAUUGGAAAUGGUAUUCUUUGUGGCGUUCUUUAUUUUCCUCAUCAUUUCACAAGCUACUGGAAUUUCUACUUUGGAAAGUCGUUUCGCAAGUGAAGAACAAUUUAAGAUUGGACUCUAUGCAGACACUGCUCGAUUUGCUUUCGAAGUUGUCUAUAUUGUUUUCUAUAUCUUAGCAUUUGGUGGUUUUGCAGCCAUUGUGUCUGUUGUGAAUUAUGUGAAACACUUAAUUCGACAAAUUCAAAGAAACAAACAAAGACGAAUGUUUACACGAACAGCUUCCAAAUCUGCCUUGUCCAUGCAAAAUAAUGAACCCUUGGAUGAGAGCGAGGACUAUAAUGAAGAAUUUUAUCAAUUGAUUCAUGACAAUGAAGGAUUCAUAGUGUUUGAAGAAUAUUGCAAGAAAGAAUGGAGUAUUGAAAAUUUAUAUAUUUAUCUCGAUCUAAUGUCAUUUGAAAGAAAACUCACCGACAUGAUGGAAGACUCUGAAAAAUUCCUCCAACAGCUCUAUGUGUUUUGUGUUUCCAUUUUUGAAGUCUAUGUCAAGGAAGGAGCUACUUUGGAAGUGAAUAUCCCUUCACGAACGAGAAAGAGUUUCUUUAUUUUAUUCAAGAUGGUAAUGGAAGCAGCUGUCAAUAGACCAUUUUGUGACAACAAGUACAAGGAAGUCAUUCAUCAAGAAUUGAAUAAGAAAGCACUACAUGCUAUUCAAACGACCAGUUCUAAAUCUCUCAUUAAGCAAGAUUCUGUGAAUGUCAUUGCAUUGGAUGAAAAUAAGCAACCUGCAUCGAUUCAGCAUUUAGACUCUAUUAGUACCAUCACUUCUUCCUCAUUGGCAAACACGACCACUGUGGCAACCUCUCAAUAUUUAGUGAUGUGGAAAGAUUAUGAACUCACUGUGAGAGAAUGUGUGGAAUCAUUGCAUCAUCAAGUAGUAAUGAAUUUGAAUGACACAUUUUCGAGAUUUGUUUUCACCGAUGAAUAUAAGGCAUUUAGUUAUGCCCUGGAGGUGAAAUCAAGAAUUUUAAAGGAUGCUCGAUUUUCCUUGUAA